CUUGGGCAGACAGGUGCUGGAUGUACCUAUGAGGAUCUGGUAGACAGCAGCAGCAUGAAAAACAUCAUUGCAAUGAUCGAGAAGGAAUUUCCAUGGUGGGGGGAAUUGCAUGGAUGGUGGCACACAAACCCUGCCUACAAUAGCACCUGGAGUGCAGCUGAUAGUGGGCAGGGAUUCAUGAGGCAUGUGGUCAAGCUGUUCAAGCUGUAG